AUGUCCUUCACCUUCCAGUGGCCUCGGUUUUCCGACCAGUUCCAUGCCGAUGCAAUACAGAUGCUCACGGCAGCCCUCAACAAGGGCAACAAGCCGCCAGUCAUAGCAGACAAGAUCGAGGUGGUCGAGCUCGAAAUGGGUACUCAACCGCCCGAAUUGGAGAUUAGGGACAUCGGAGAGCUCACGAUGGACCAGUUUCGAGGCAUUUUCCGCUUAACGUAUUCCGGAGAUGCGCAUAUAGUAUUGCGGACGAAGGUCCAGGCGAACCCGCUCAACCACAAGCAACCCGACAUCCAUCUUAUGGGCGGCUCGAGGGGUAUGCUUGCAGCCAAGCAGCCUCUAGUGGUUCCCAUGCUGCUCCGUCUGUCACACUUCAAGCUCAAUUCUUAUGUCGUGCUCGUCGUCUCGCGACAAAAAGGCAUCACACUAGUCUUCAAGACCGAUCCUCUCCAGAAUGUGGACAUCAACAGUACAUUUGACUCAAUCGCUGUCAUUCAGAAGUUUAUCCAACGUGAAAUCGAAGGACAGCUGCGCCAGAUGUUCAGGGAAGAUUUGCCAGGGAUUAUUCAUCGACUUAGCCAGCAGUGGGUGAAAGCGAAGGUCGAGGCGCCCUAUUCGGCAAAGCGACCGGGUCCCAGCACACGCGAGCGCAGGCUUGACACAAUGUCCGCGCCAGACUUGAAUUCGUAUCGUUCAGCGCGCUUACCGUCCGUCGGUCUUCAGCCGCAUCUGACACUCAGACGGCCGUAUGGCAUGCCCAAUUUUGGCCGCGCUCGGACUGCGUCCGUGAUGUCUGUGUCUAGUAUUGGUCGCAGACCUUCCCCUUCGACGACCUCGUCUCCAUCGACGACGACGACUCCAGCUCCCGACGCGUCAGCCUCGUUCCCAGACUUAGAAAACUAUGACCCAACAUACGGCCUACGACCGGAAGGAUUGCCGGCUAAGAGCGUCUUCAGUGGGUUCCGCAGUCUUUUCGCUCCCAGUAAAGGCUUGGUUGAUUUGACCGAGGAGGCGAGUGAAGUGGAUGACUCUCUAGACGAGACGGCAUCAUAUGGCACUGCAAACUGGGACGACUUGAUAUCAGACUAUGAUCCUCCGCCAUCCGCCACUGGUCCAGACGGCGCCGUAGAGUACGAGACCGUACCUGCCGUUGGAGGAGGGACCAUCACCCGCCCACGAAUUUACCACUCACAGUCACAGAUACAGCCCUCCGUGGAUGGCCCCACGGAAGCAGGGCCAUCUACAUCAGUACGCCGACCAACUUCUUCCACCCCGUCGGGGGCGAUGCGCGCCGCAAUGUAUCGCCACUCACUCAGCCAGAGCUCCCUACUUUCUCCAUCUGGAUAUGGGUCACCUUACACCCCAUACUUUACUGGCACGUCGCCCCUAUCUACCUCAGGCUCGGUAGUUGAGUCUCUGUGGCCCGAUAAUGCGGGAGAUCUGAGCUCUCCAGCUUCCGCAAUUCCCCCUGUACCCCCACUCUACUACUCGCCGGUCCAACGUCCGAAGAGUUCAUCCAGCAUACACAGCCAGCCCUCACGAUCUAGUGAUAGGACACACUCAGUGCCCACUCCGCCAACGUUGGAAGAGGAAGCCGGAAUCCAGAUGAAUCGUUCUCGUCGUUCAUCUUUUGCAUCCUCGAAUAUUGAUAGAUUUCAACCGGGCUCCCCCUCCGAUCAGCAAUACUUCAUGCCGGAUCACGAUCCAAAAAUCGUCUUACGGCCAGCGGUAAAUAGCUCCAUAUCUAAACUCUCUACGCUCAGCCACUCGAACCACACCCUUUCGCCAUAUACGCGCACCCUCGAGCACUACACAGUACGUAGUGUUCCUCCUCGAGAAUCCUCGUCAGGGCCCUCGUCAAGCAUCGAGAAACAACCUGUUAAGGCCAAGCGAAGACGGACACAUCAUCUUGGCGGCAAGCCUGCCAAACCACCCGAGUUCUUGGCGCACGACCCCUCGUCGUCGUCUCUACCGAUGUCCGACUUUGAUGCGUCCGAGAUGGACCGCUACUUCCGUAACAAUGACGACCUGAUGCCCCACUACCCGGACCGCCUCGCUUCGCCGUCGCCUUAUGCACGUCGACCGUUUCCCUAUCAAUCAUGA